AUGGAGGAAAGGAAGGAGGAGGGAGAAGCCGAGAUCCAGGAGCACGGCCCCGAGCACUGGUUCUCCAAGUGGGAGCGCCAGUGCCUGGCCGCUGCCGAGCAGAGCGAGCCGCUGGGCGACGAGGAGACGGAGCAGAACCAACAGAAGCUGUGGCACCUCUUCCAGAACUCUGCCACGGCGGUGGCGCAGCUAUACAAAGACCGAGAAUGUCAACAGCAAGGCCUUUCGCUCUGGGUGCCCUUCCAGAAUGCGGCCACUGCCGUCACUAACAUGUACAAAGAGAGCAUGGAGGCGCGCCAGCGCAGCUACGACCUGGGGAUCCAGAUCGGCUACCAGCGCCGCAACAAAGAAGUGAUGGCCUGGGUGAAGAAGCGCCGGAGAACCAUCCGGCGAGAGGACCUCAUCAGCUUCCUGUGCGGCAAGAACCCCCCUCCCAGGACGACUCGGGCCCCGCCCCGGGGAGCCAUGGUGGCCGCCAGCCGGCCGCCCGAGACGGGCAGCUCCGUGGAGACGGACUUGCAGCCCUUCCGAGAGGCCAUAGCCCUGCACGGUCUCAGCGGCGCCAUGGCCAGCAUCUCCGUGCGCUCGUCGGGCCCGCCGCCCGGCUCGCCCACCCACCCGGCGGUGGCGCCCCCCCACGCCAGGCGCCGCAACGGCCUUCACGACGUGGACCUGAACACCUUCAUUGCCGAGGAAAUGGCCCUCCACCUGGAUUCGGCCGCCAACCGCAAGCGGGGCGCCGCCCCUUGCGGCGACGUCAUCACGGACUCGCCCACGCAUAAACGCAACCGGAUGCUCUGAGCGCCAAAGACCGGCUGCAGAGAACUGAAAGUCGUCCGGCCCCUCAAGCGCCAUCCUAGCUGCAUUGCUACGUAUGAUAAUCGUGAAAUAGACUUUAUUUGGACACACGCCCCCAUCGUCACCGGCAUUUUGAGUCCCCGUGCGUGUCUUAUUACUUUUGGUUACCAGGCAACACAUAUGCACUAUUUAUGUUUGCACUCGUGAUGACAUUGGAAGUAACCCAACACACAUGCUCCUCCCCUGUUUUUUUUUUUGUUUUUUUUUCAAUUCACACAUGCUUUGUGAUACAAUCUUUAUGUAAUGUGUGUAAAUAAUAAUAAAAACACUUGGUGCUGUUGCUAUAUGUGGUAAAUAUUGUAAAGACAAAAAAGGAAAUGGAACCGGACAUGUCCAUGUACAAUAAAUAACCCAAUAUGCCAAUAAAGGAACUACAAGUGUGA